ACCACGCACCCUAGUAAUUCAUUCAAUAUAGGUUCAUUGGUAUUUUGUUGUCAUCCGCAAGGAUGUAUCAUAUAUUUCGUGUCAACCAUGCUGUCAAAUGAUGGAGUGAUCGUCUUCUUCUAUAAAUUAGGCAUGUAAGAAGAGAACCCAUUACAUUGCCAUCCAAAUUAUUCAUCAUAUUCUUCAUAUCCUAAACUCUAUCUCCUAUUCUCCUCCCUUCCAUUUUUACUUAUUUUUUAAGUCCAGCAGCUAGCAAUGGCUUCAACUCUCACAGUGUCUUCAAUGAUAAUGGAGGAAGAAGUUCAAUUCGAAGCAGAGGUAGCAGAGGUGCAAUCAUGGUGGAACACAGAGCGGUUCAAGCUAACACAUCGCCCGUACACGGCACGAGACAUCGUCUCCCUUCGCGGCACCUUGAGGCAGAGCUACCCCUCGAAUGUCUUAGCCAAGAAGCUGUGGCGCACCCUUAAGAGCCACCAAGCCAAGGGUACUGCUUCUAGAACCUUUGGUGCAUUGGACCCUGUACAAGUCACUAUGAUGGCAAAACACCUCGACACGAUUUACGUGUCGGGGUGGCAGUGCUCCUCCACUCAUACUUCCACCAACGAGCCCGGUCCCGACCUCGCUGACUACCCCUACGACACUGUCCCUAACAAGGUGGAACAACUCUUCUUUGCACAACUAUAUCAUGAUCGAAAACAAAGGGAGGCCCGAAUGAGCAUGUCUCGCGAGGAGAGGGCUAAGACGCCGUAUGUGGAUUACCUUAAGCCUAUUAUAGCUGAUGGGGAUACUGGCUUUGGUGGUGCUAGUGCUACUGUUAAGAUGUGCAAGCUUUUCGUGGAGCGUGGUGCUGCCGGUGUUCAUAUAGAGGAUCAAUCUUCGGUGACAAAGAAGUGUGGUCAUAUGGCUGGUAAGGUUUUGGUGCCUGUUAGUGAGCAGAUUAAUAGGCUUGUGGCUGCUAGGCUUCAGUUUGAUGUGAUGGGGGCUGAGACCGUUUUGGUGGCUAGGACUGAUGCUGUUGCGGCUAACCUCAUACAGUCUAAUGUUGACACUCGUGACCACCAAUUCAUCUUAGGGGCUACCAACCCGGCUCUUCGUGGCAAGGGCCUUGCUACUAUUCUCUUCUCAGCCACCAAUUCAGGUAAGGCAGGUCCUGAGCUGCAAGCACUGGAAGACGAGUGGCUUGCAAAAGCCCAGCUCAAGACUUUCUCCGAAUGUGUAAGUGAUGCAAUAAUCAAGGGGCUAAAUGGAGUGGGGGAGGUGGAGAAGACUAGGCGACUUAACGAGUGGAUGAACCACUCGAGCUUCGAUAAGUGUUUGUCAAAUGAAGAAGCCAAAGAGGUUGCAUCAAAGUUAGGUCUCCAAAACCUGUUUUGGGAUUGGGAUUUGCCAAGGACUAGGGAAGGGUUCUACAGGUUUAAGGGGUCUGUUGAUGCUGCCAUUUUACGUGGAUGGGCUUUCGCUCCUCACACGGAUUUAAUCUGGAUGGAGACCUCGAGUCCUGAUCUUGUGGAGUGUACUGAAUUCGCAAAUGGAAUGAAGUCGACGCAGCCAGAAAUGAUGUUAGCGUACAACCUCUCGCCUUCGUUCAAUUGGGAUGCGUCUGGUAUGAAUGAUCAACAAAUGAUGGAUUUUAUUCCUAAGAUUGCUAAGCUUGGGUUUUGCUGGCAGUUCAUUACUCUUGCUGGUUUUCAUGCUGAUGCUUUAGUCGUUGACACUUUUGCUAAAGAUUAUGCUAAGAGGGGUAUGCUUGCCUAUGUUGAAAGGAUUCAAAGGGAGGAAAGAAACCAUGGAGUUGAUACUCUCGCGCACCAGAAGUGGUCGGGUGCCAAUUACUAUGAUCGUGUGUUAAGGACUGUUCAGGGUGGUAUCACCUCAACGGCGGCCAUGGGAAAAGGGGCUACCGAGGAGCAAUUCAAGGAGACGUGGACUAGGCCAGGAGCAACUUCAGAUAUGGGUAAUGGGGAUGUAGUGCUUGCUAGGCCAAGAAUGUAAGCCAAGGGGUGCAGCAGGAAAAAUAUCUUUAAUUUCCAAUGUUUGGUGUUACUUUGUAUGUUUAAAAUGUAAACUGGAAACAAAACCCAUGUGUCAUCAUUAUUUUUGUUUACGCUGAAGCCAAUGACACGAUGAGUCAAUGAAUUUGAA